AUGAGGCCAGCCGACUUUACUCCGUCGUCUGAAGAUUCCCUCACGGCCGAGAAGGGGAUGAAGGUCGUCUAUUUCGGCAACGAGCUGAAUCACGAUAGUCUCCCGAAGCUCUGUCAGCGAUUGCACAGCUUGAGCAAAGACCGACGGCACCCGCAUUUGGCCCGGUUCAUCGAGGAAAGCACUUGGGCGGUUCGCGAUGAGAUUCGACAGCUGCGCCCCGGGCAGAAGGCCCCUAUUCCCCCGUUUGAGAGCGUUCUCCAUCUAGCUGAGCAGCCGGAGCUGUGCAAGGGCCCGCUCUGUGGGUCGAUCGAGGGCGUCCUGCUAUGUACGAUCCAGUUGGCAACGUUUAUUGGGUACUACGAAGCCGCGCCCGCCGAAUACAGCUUUGAAGCUGCCCAUACCUAUCUCACGGGCCUGGGACUGGGUCUAUUGGUGUCGACGGCGGUGUUGCUCUCCCCCACGCUGGCAGAUCUCCCCGUGGCCGGGGCUGCAGUCGUCCGUAUCGCCUUCCGUCUGGGAAUGCUGGUUUCUGACGUCUCUCAAAACCUCCAACCCACGGACGUGACAGGUGAUCCAGACUCCUGGGCCUAUGUGAUACCCAAUGUCGCUUUCCAUGAAGUGAAUGAGGAGCUGGAAAUGAUUCAUAUGCGUGAGAACACCCCGGAGACCAGUCGAAUCUUCGUCAGCGCGAUCAGUCGAAGCUCAGUGACAGUCAGUGGGCCACCGGCUCGACUCAAGCGCCUCUUCCGUAUGUCCGAUUUCUUUCGAGACCGCACCUUUAUCACGCUGCCCGUGUAUGGAGGGCUGUGCCACGCAAAGCACAUCUACAGCUUGCAGCAUGUCCGAGCAGUGGUUCAGGUCCCGGCCCUGGCCGCUUUGAACAAACGCUAUAUUUCGAGGUACCCCGUGCUCUCGACCAGUCGGGGGGAGCCCUAUCCUACCGCCGCCACGGCGACGGAGCUUUUCGAACACGUCAUUGCUGAAGUCCUUACCCAGCCCAUCGAGUGGGACAAUGUUAUCCGGGGCCUCGUGGAGCGCGCGAAGCUGCUCCCUCUAUCCGAGGUCCAAGUGACGGUGAUCCGCAAUUCACUCCCGGUCCACGACCUCAUGUCAGCCUUGCGCACUGCCAACCUGGAGGGCGUUGAGGUGUCCAUGCAGGACCUGGAGCCGUGGGCGACGAAGAGGGUCGAUGAGGAGGGAUCCGCGCCGCGGGGAUCCGCUCAAUCCAAAAUCGCCAUCGUCGGCAUGUCGUGUCGCAUGCCCGGCGGCGCGGUAGACUCGGAGAAAUUCUGGGAGCUCCUCGAGCAAGGGCUGGACGUCCAUCGUAAGAUCCCUCCAGACCGAUUCGACGUCAACAGCCAUUAUGAUCCUGCCGGAAAACGGGUCAACGCCAGCCAUACUUCCUAUGGUUGUUUUAUCGAUGAGCCCGGCCUCUUCGAUGCCCCCUUCUUUAAUAUGUCUCCUCGGGAGGCUCAACAGACCGACCCCAUGCAGCGUCUCGCGAUUGUCACGGCCUAUGAAGCCCUUGAACGCGCCGGAUACGUAGCUAACCGGACCGCCUCGUCCAACAAGCACCGGGUGAGCACGUUCUAUGGGCAAGCCAGUGAUGAUUACCGCGAGGUCAACUCAGCGCAGGAGAUCAGCACGUACUUCAUCCCUGGCGGCUGUCGGGCAUUUGGCCCGGGCCGCAUUAAUUACUUUUUCAAACUGUGGGGGCCCAGCUUUAGCAUCGAUACCGCCUGCUCCUCCAGCUUGGCCACCAUUCAGGCAGCGUGUACCGCGCUCUGGAACGGUGACACCGACACAGUGGUGGCCGGAGGAAUGAACGUGCUGACCAAUUCGGACGCCUUUGCCGGCCUCAGCCAUGGUCACUUCCUGACCAAGACUCCUAAUGCCUGUAAGACAUGGGACUGCGAGGCUGAUGGGUAUUGCCGGGCGGAUGGAGUAGGCUCUAUUGUGAUGAAGCGUCUGGAGGACGCGGAAGCUGACAAUGAUAAUAUCCUCGGGGUUGUUCUCGGGGCCGCAACCAAUCAUUCGGCGGAAGCGGUCUCUAUCACCCAUCCCCACGCGGGCGCGCAGUCCUUCCUGAGCCGACAGGUCCUCCGUAGUGCGGGGAUCAAUCCGCUGGAUGUCAGCUACGUCGAGAUGCACGGAACUGGGACGCAAGCCGGCGACGCGGAGGAGAUGAACUCGGUCAGUGAUGUCUUCGUCCCGCGCGCAAAGCGGCGGUCGCCCACGCAGCCGGUCUUUAUUGGGGCCGUCAAGGCUAAUGUUGGCCAUGGGGAGGCGGUGGCAGGUGUCACCGCACUGUUGAAGGUACUUCUGAUGUUCCAGAAAGAGACUAUCCCGCCCCACGUGGGCAUCAAGCACAGCAUCAACCCAGGAUUUCCUAAGGAUCUGGAGGAGCGCGGCUUAUAUAUUCCUUACGACAAGCAGCCCUGGCCCCGCAUCCCGGGCAAGAAGCGCAUCGCGAUGGUCAACAACUUCAGCGCAGCCGGAGGAAACUCCACGUUGGCUGUGGAGGAGGGCCCGCUUCGACCCAAGCCGGCUGGGGUGACAGACCCUCGUGGCACCCACUUGGUUGCCGUCUCAGCCAAAAGCAAGGUCUCCCUACGCGGGAAUCUCGAGCGGCUCCUGGGCUUUGUGGAAGCCCACCAGGACCUAGUCCUGUGCGAUCUGGCCUACACGACCACGGCGCGUCGAUAUCACCACAAUCACCGAGUCGUGGUCCCGACUUCGGAUGUCGCGCAUUUGCAGAAGCAACUGUCUACCCACCUGGAAUCAGUCGACACCCUUCAGCCGAUUCCCGCCACCGGCCCGCCCUCUAUUACCUUUGCCUUUACUGGGCAGGGAGCGUCGUACCGUUCAUGUAACCUCCAGCUCUUCGCAGACUCCCCAUACUUCCGCUCCCAGAUUCUCCAUCUAGACGGCAUCGCCCGGGGACAAGGAUUUCCCUCUAUCAUCCCUGUCCUAGAUGGAUCCCAUCCCCAGGACUAUGAGCACCCCCCUGUCGUCACCCAGCUAGCCUUGGUCUGUACGGAGAUUGCCCUCGCCAAAUAUUGGGCCUCCUUAGGCGUCCAGCCGGACGUGGUGGUGGGACAUAGUCUCGGGGAGUAUACAGCCCUCUACGUGGCGGGGGUUCUAUCAGCCAGCGACGCGAUCUUCCUGGUGGGAAGGCGUGCGUGCCUGCUGCAGGACAAAUGCCAGCGCGGGAGCCACCAGAUGAUGGCGGUUCGCACCCCGCUGGCACAGAUCGAGCGGAUCGCGGGCGCUCUGCCGUACGAGAUCGCCUGCCUGAACAGCCCUGAAGACACCGUCCUCAGCGGGACACGCGAGGAAAUAGCGGCGGUGGCCAAGCUGCUGGAGGCAGAGCGAUGCAAGUACAUGAUCCUAGAGGUGGCUUUUGCUUUUCACUCACCGCAGAUGGACCCCAUCCUCGACGAGUUCGAGGCGCUCGCGGCCACCGGUGUGGUCUUCCACCCGCCGAACAUCCCGGUGAUCUCGCCGUUGCUGGGCAAGGCGGUCUUCGAUGAGAAGACAAUCAACGGCGCCUACCUGCGGCGUGCGACGCGUGAUUGUGUGAAUUUCGUCGCCGCCCUGGAGACAGCGCAGCGUAUCGGCACCGUGGACGAGACCACCGUCUGGGUCGAGAUCGGCCCGCAUCCGGUCUGUGUUGGCCUCGGGGCACUCCACUGCGCCGGGGUCGCGGUCGACUGGAAUGCCUUCCACCAGCCCUUCGAACGCGCCCUGCGGCUUUUGGAUCUCCCGACCUACAGCUGGAACAAUAAGAACUACUGGAUCCAGUACAACGGGCGAUGGGCGCUCACGAAGGGAAACAUCUUCUACGAGGAGCCCGGCCCAGAGACCAAUCCCCCUGCAGCGGUAACCUCAAGCCUGAAGACGUCCACCGUCCAACAGGUCAUCGAGGAGCAUUUCGACGGUAAUGCAGGCUCAGUGGUCAUGCAGUCGGAUCUGAUGCAGCCAGACUUCCUGGCCGCAGCCCAUGGCCACAAAAUGAACGGACGAGGUGUGGUCACCUCGUCGAUUCACGCCGAUAUCGCGUUCACCUUAGGGGAAUAUCUCUACCACAAGCUCAUCCCUGACGGCGAACCGCACAUGAACAUCGCCAACCUGGAAGUCCUGCAGGGGCUGGUGGCGCAGGAGAGCAAACAGGGGCCGCAGCUGAUCCGAGUGUCGGUGAGCACGGCGGACAUCCGGUCCGGCCAGGCGCAGCUGCAAUGGCACAACGUCGUCCAGGGCCGGGUGGAGGAGCCCUUCGCGAGCGCCACCGUCUACUACGAGGCGGCCAGCGCCUGGAUGACCUCGUGGCGGCCGGUGACGCACUUUGUGGAGGGGCGGAUCCAGGCCCUCGACCAGCUGGCCGACGCGGGCGUCGCCAACCGCUUCACGCGGCGCAUGGCCUACGGGCUCUUCGCCAGCAGCCUCGUCGACUACGCCGACAAGUACCGCGGCAUGCAGUCGGUCGUGCUCCAUGAGCUGGAAGCCUACGCUGAGGUCACCCUGACGUGCGAGAAAGGGGGCGUGUGGACGGUGCCUCCCUACUUCAUCGACAGCGUCGCCCAUCUGGCCGGCUUCAUUAUGAACGUCUCUGACGCGCAUGAUACCCAGACCUAUUUCUCAGUCACGCCUGGAUGGGGCUCCAUGCGGUUCGCCGCCCCGCUCGUCGCCGGUGAGCGAUACCGCUCGUAUGUCAAGAUGAUUGCUACUCCUGAUGACCCCAGUGUCUUCCUCGGUGAUGUCUACGUCUUCCACAAGGAGACAAUUGUGGGUAUGGUCGGGGGGAUCAAGUUUCGGCGCUAUCCGCGUCUCCUGUUGAAUCGUUUCUUCUCCGCCCGCUCCUCCGACGCAACCGCAAAGGUUUCGCAUGCCCCGACCAGCGAUCCAGCCCCGACCAGCGCUCCAGCUCCAGCGAGCGCUUCAGCUCCAUCCAAGGUAGCCCCGGCCAAGGCACCUCCGGCUACGGACGGAGGCGCCCAAACAGCAGAUCCCAGCGCUAACAGUACCGCUGCCAAAGCGCUGGCCCUGGUGGCGGCAGAGGCCGGUCUUGCAAUUGGUGAUCUCAAGGACAGCGCCUCCUUCGCCAGCUUAGGUGUCGAUAGUCUGAUGAGUUUAGUGAUUUCGGAGAAGUUUAGGGAGACGCUGGGGGUGACCGUCUCCGGCAGCUUGUUCCUAGAGUACCCGACGGUGGGCGACUUGAAGAGCUGGCUACUGGAGUACUACAGCUGA